AACAAACUGUAGGAUUAUGAUUAGACGAUAAAUUGAAUCAUAGUGAUUGGCAGUCUAGAUUAACUCCAACGAGAAAUUGUUAAAGGCAGAAUUAUUUGAUUAGAUAAAAGAGAAAAAAGAAGCGGGAAUCACAGGGUUGACAGGGACUGCAGUGAAACAUGACGUAAGCAUUGUCCCCCGGAACACCAAGCCUCACUAGGUGGGGACAGUGAAAAGAGAUGAUAAAUUUCAAUACCUAAUCUCACCUUAACCUCCUGCAUGAUCUCAUUUUUAUUCCUUGCCUCUCUCUGAUCUCUAGCCCUUUAAGAGUCCUUUAGGUCAGUAUCUCCAUAAGGCCUCUUCCUACGUCUACAAAUUUCAAAUUGCUCUUCCGUGGAAUUGUGGGAGGGAAAAAAAGAUUUCUACAUAACUGCAACAGCCAGCAGAAUGAGAAGUGCUGAGGAUGGAAGCUGGGGAUCUUCGACAGUUGAUCAAGGAGAGUGGUUGAGUUUGAGCUUAAGAAGAAACUCACCUUCAACAUCUAAAGAAUCUGAGUCACAGACAAGACCUACUCCAGGUAAGAUUUUUUCAUGUAACUUCUGCAUGAGGAAGUUCUACAGUUCACAGGCUCUGGGAGGCCAUCAGAAUGCUCACAAGAGGGAAAGAGGAGCAGUGAGACAGUAUCAGUCCCAGAGGAUGAUGACAAUGAUGUCUUUGCCUAUCAACAAUCCCAUGUACAGAUCUCUUGGCAUGAUUCCCCACUCACUUGUGCAUAAAACUGGCAGAGAUGCAAGUACAACAGUGGGAAGGUUCAGCGAGGCUAGUGCAGGCUUUCAAAUGACAUCGCGUCCCAAUCCAGUAGAUGAAAGAUUUGGCUUGAAGUGGCCAGGAAGUUUCCGACUGAAUCCUCAACAAUCAGAAGACCAGGCCUCAAAUACAAAUAAGAUUGAUCUCAAUCUCAAGCUGUAAUUACUAUACACAUCCAUCACAAAUGGAACUAUUUACUAUCCUCUCCUGUAACAGCUUCGGCUUGGUUCAUCAAAAGUACAUGAACUGCCUGUAUGAUCUACGAACACCGAUUUAGAUUAAAAAAGAUCCUAGAGAAGCAGUGCUCCUAAAUGUCAAGACUUCCAGCUAUAACCUGUCAGAUGAAUGAUACCUAAGAUGUAAUAUGUACUUUUCAGUUGCUUUUAUUCCUACUGCACCUAGAACAACUUUUUAACAUCCUCUCUCCCAAAUAGUGGCAGAAGGUUACUGAAUUAUGCAUUUAUAAUUUUUUUGUAUUAAGCUCCAUCAAUCCAGAAGCAUUAUGUUUAAGCUACAAGAAAUUAGACAAAUUCCGAUUAGAUUUUUA